AUGGCCGAAAUCUACUACCAAGACACAAUCCGCUUCAAGACCACGGUGAACGGCGCAAACAAAUACAUCACCCUGGCCGUUGUCGCCCCUACCGCAACCUGCUGGCUCACCCUUACGGACGAACCAACCAAGGACAGCAACUUCCUUAUCCGCGAAUGGAACUACGAUAAUACCGGCCGCCUUCACUUCAGCGGCAACGACCGCGCCGACACCCCAGACUCCCACGGGAACUUCCGCAUGCUGCACAAGGACACCCGCCCCCCAGAGCAAAACGUGGGGGACGACCACUGCGUCUCUAUGGCGCCGUAUGAACCUAUGGUGAAUAUGGGGUACUGGGGUGUUCCCUGGGCCACGGCGUAUGACCUCGAGACGUUUGCGCUAUUCGCGACGCGGUGGCCGAGUUCUGAUGGCGGAGUGUGUAGUGGGGAUCCUGUGAAGAUUAGGAGUUUGAUUGGCGCGAAGGAGCCGCCGCCUGUGGGGAGUAUUGGGCAGUUUUUGACGAUUAGUUGGAUUGAUGGGCAGUGGAGGAUUAUGGGCAAUGGGGAUCACGCCACUUAUAACGCUGGGACGGAGUUUGUUAUUGAGAAGGUUGGGUAG